AUGAUUCGACCUUGGGAACAACCACUUUCAACGGCCAAAGAAUUGAAUCAGAGACAACAUGAAUUUCCCGCAGAUUUGUCUGCUCAGUACUACAACCAUCUUUUGAGCCAAUACAAUCAAGCGAUGAGCUUAUCUUCAGAACGGCGACAGAAUGUAAAACAAAUCCCCGAUCAGCGAAAUCCGAACACGAUUCCGUCACCGAUUCCAAGCAGUCAGCAGGUUCUUUCUGAGUCUGGAGAAUUGACGAGAAAGAGAAAAUUGGAAAGAGGGCAUUUUGAAGUUCCACUGAAAAUUGAGGUCAACGCAAAGACCUACAACCCUGCACGAGAAGAAUUCGACCAGAUUAAGGUCCCCCACCGGCUUAUCGAGAAGAAACGUCGUGAUAGAAUCAACAACUCGAUUAUCACUCUUCGAGAUCUGCUUCCCCUCGGCGUCAAAUCAGCGAGCGCGAAGCCUUUGGAGAAAGCAGUGGUGCUAGAAAUGACGAUCCAGUACAUCAGAAAUUUGAAACGAGCUUUGGUUCAAAAAGAAGAAAAACAAAAGCUUCACUCAAGACCGGCUCGAGCAGUACCGGAACCUCCACUUUCGCAGUUUCAACAAGGGUAUCAAUCUGCUAUUCGACACAUGAACGAAAUGAAGGGAACGAGCAUUCAAGCUGAAUUGAAUCAACGACUUUCUCCACAAAUCGCCCAUCCUCCAGGAUCCCUCCCUCCUCUGCCCCGAGGCAUGCUCCCAAAUCCUUUCUCCUCCGCUCUACCAUCUCCUCCAUUUCAAGCGAUGCGACACCGUAGUUUCACCGAUUCUGAAUCCAGUGGCUACUUCACGGAAGAAUUUCUAGAGGAGCCAAUGGAGAAUAAUUUUGGACAGUCGAGCUUCAUGCCGAAUUUGAAUCAAAUGCGAAGAAUGCUGGAAGAAAACGAAGAUGCUUCUUCUGAAAUUGAUAUUGAUGUGUCUUAA